GAUGUCGUUACUUUAUGCUCAUUGUUACCUAAAAUAUUCGUGUGAUAUUUUUUAUUUCACAGACUCGGUACCUGGCUCAGUGUGAGGAACCUUCAGUUGGCUCUACAUUGAGACGAAUGCUCAAGAGUCUUCUGACGCGCGAACUUGCCAUGCAAAUGUCGUUUACUGGGUUGAACAGCAAGCGGCAGAAGACCAAGAUAGCAUUCAAGACUCAUGGCGCUUACACAAUGAUCUUGCGUGCGCUGAGCUUGACAUCACAUUGUCAUUCUGGUCAAUUUGUGGUAGACCACACGAUCAUGAAUAUUCUGCGCAACGCUGGUGACUGGAAUGGCCACCGGGGGAAGAGACACGUCGACACUGACUACCCAACUCCAGUGUGCUCUGGCUCCUUUCUUGCUGAAGCUGGAGAUCUCUUGCAAAAAAGCAUGAACCUUCUUAAUGAGUGACUGCCCUUUGAUUAAAUCUAACGGUAA